AUGACAACGAGUAUGAAACUUUUUGAACCUAUAUGACACUGUCUACUUAAAAAAUCCAUCAUUCAUUUCUUGUUCCUAUGUGGCUUGAGAGAAACUCUAAGAACGAAUUUCUUUUAAGUAACUCAAAGAACAAUUUGCUAAAGAAGAAUGUUCACCAGAUUAAUCAUAGUAAUUGUAUGAAUGACAAAUUAACACAGAAUAAAAAAUCAUCUGAUCCAAAUAAGAAGAUAGUGCAAAACAGGAGACAGAGACAUAGGUCAUGUACCCCAGGAAAAUUAUCCACAAAUUUUCAAUUCCAGAAAUCUAACGAAGUUUGUGCACUAAAACAUCUAAACCAGAUUCGUGGAUUAACGGACGGUCCAGAUGACUGCAAAAAACGAUCUAUGAGUAAUUUUUCUCAACAGCUCUCAACUCAACAACUCAGUAAAUCAAAUAGAUCAAAACUGCUUACAACCAAAUCUGUAUUAGGAUUUUACAUUAAGGUAAGAAAUAGUAUGAAACAAUUGACAUAAGUAAAAUUCAUAAAGGGAACUAAUGGUAUAAAUUUUUUUGGAAAAUCGUACUCAUAUAUUGAUUUCAAUAUUAACAUUUAAUAAAACAUGGCAAAUAAAUACCUUGAGUAAUCCAUCCAUUAGAUAAUGAAUUUACAUAAAAUGACCAGUUAAAUGAUUGUAGUUAAAUCAUUAAAUAUUUUCAAAGAAAACUCGAUUUCAUCUAAAUAACCGAAAUAUUCUAUGUUAAAAGAUGGUUGCUUUUAUUUCUCACUCUAAUGUAUAUUUAGUUUUCCAACUGCAUGUCAUUUGUAAGUGAUUAAAACCAGUUCCAUACAAUGUUUGUUUAAGUUCCCAAGUAAUACUUAUGAAAUUUGUCCGCAUUUUAAAAGGCAGUAACUUUAUUAUUAUUAUUCCGAUUGAACUGCCCUAAUCAACCUUUAUUUAAUCGUUUUCUUUCUUAACUAUCCGUCAUUAUGAUAAAUUAAAUGAAUACUCAGUAAAUUCUAGUAUUUAGACCUUAAUGAUUGUAUGAAUUUGAUGAGAGCCUUAUGUAAUCAAAUGAAAUCAUCUCGUCCAAAUGCAUUCAUUAUUUUUAAUAACAUAAAGUUCUGAAAUAGUUUUUGUGGUGGUUAAAUUAAUUCGUAAGCGGUAUUCUUUAUACAUUGAUCUCAGAUGAGAUAAUACAGCACUGGAAAUAUGUUUCCUUGUAGUAGAGGACUACUCAGAAAUGUGCACCCACGACCGCACCACAGAGUGAACCCAGGACAUUCAGGUCUUUUGAAGAGCAUGUUACUUUUAGAUCACUGAUUCGAACUGAAUGCAUCUUCCUUCUUAACUUCAUCCAAAUCAUGAUAUUGCGAGACGAUCGUUUAACGUCACUAAUCCGACUGCUUCACUCCUAAAAUAUCUAAUCUCCACCGGUCGCUUCUCAAUAUCACCUAUCUGGAAGUACUUAACUAAUGAGCACGCCAUCAUAGUGUUGAUAAGAGGGUUUUGCGAAGACUGGUUUAAUAUGUGGGUAGUAUUCGUCACAGAUUGACCUCGGUUUUUUGUUAAAGAGUAACCAACUCACUAUUAAUUAAUUCUCAGACUACAUGUCAAAUUUGAAUAUAUCAAUUUUUCAAAAGAAUUUUAUUAAUCAGUUGACUUUAAAAAUGACUCGAAAUUUGUGUAAAUCCCACAAUUUUACUAUUUAACAAAAAUUCUCUUGAAAUUUGUUUUUAACUUUUUUAGAGCAUCGCAUCGAUCAAUACACGUAAAAGCGGAUUCUUAAGUAAUGAGGAAGAUAGAGCACUAUUCGCGAAGCAAAGAUCUAUAAUAUAUCAGUUAAAUGAAAUUAUGAGAAAAUCAGAAAUAGCCAAUUACGAAGCUUUCAUGAACUUAAACCAUACAAAUUGAUUAUGCUAAUAGGAAAGGAUGAAUAUAUGCAGCAUUAACACAGAAUUUCCAAUCUUAUUUGUAAUGAGUUGAGUAGUUUGGAAGGUAAUCCAGAUAUUAUUCAAUCUCAAUGAAACAGAAGUUCAGUUUCGUUAAACAGUUUAAAAACGCUUAGUAACUGCGUAGUGCAUAUGGCAUAAAAAUUAGCUCAAGUAAUGUGGAAUGUAUAUAGUUAUAUUCGGCAAGACGAUAUGAUUGAUCUGAAAAAGACUAUUGAUCCAGUUAACUGCUCCAGAAAAAGUACGCGUAUAGCCAUGGUAUUACAUAAGCUAGGAUCCUCAAGGUAAGUAAAACUUAUGAACAACAAAAUACGUAGGAAACUGAAAGCAAACAAUAUCUAACCAUUGCUUCCUGACGUUUGAAUACAGAAAUUCAAUGUCUUCCCAAAUAAUUCAAUUAGUGAUUAAUUUAUAGAAUAACCUUCAUUUCAUAUUUCAAGCUUUUAUA